AUGGACGAUACCGUAUGUACACCAGUUAUUGUCGGCGUCGGUGACGUGGUCAACCGCUCUUUGAAAGUUGAAGAUGCAGUUGAGCCAUUGGGCUUGAUGCUUGAGGCCAUCAGAGCCGCAGCAAGGGACGCUCACUUACCGACAUACAAAGAGAAAUGGCUUCUGUCCAAUAUUGGAAGUAUCUCAGUGGUUCAAUCGUGGACAUGGCCGUAUAAUGAUCUUCCUGGACUUAUCGCUGAACAUCUCGGGGCGAGGCCCUCGCACAAGGUGGUAAGCGAUCCCGGGGGUAAUCAACCGGCGGUUCAGCUGGACGAAGCUGCCCGUCGAAUCGCACAGGGGAAAGUCCGAAUUGCUGUAGUGACUGGCGGAGAAGCUCUGGCGUCAUUGAUUGCGUGCACCAAGGCGAAGAAACUACCACCGCCAGGGUGGACAGAGCCGACCAGAAAAGUUGAAGGCGUGUUUUCGCCCACGACACGAGAGCUCGAACCCAGUCUUGGUGCCAUCCAUGACAUAGGCAGACCCAUUCAGACCUAUCCCCUCUUCGAGAACGGGUUUCGUGCUCACCGACACCAAUCCAUAUCCGACAACAUGCAAGAGUCGGCAGACUUGUACGCCGAGUUUGCAAAAGUGGCGGCGGAGAAUCCGUUUGCAUGGAGCUACGGAAAGAAAGCAUUGUCCAGCAAGGAGAUAGCUACCGUCUCCCCGAAGAAUCGGAUGGUGUGCCAACCCUAUCCUCUCUUGAUGAACGCUUUCAACACCGUCAACCUCGCAGGGGCAACCAUCCUCAUGUCCAGCGAUGUAGCAAAAGCGCUUGGAAUAUCAGAAGAGAAGUGGAUUUAUCCACUGGGCGGAGCAGGCACACGAGAUGAGGAUGACUUCUGGCAGCGAUCGAACUUCUACUCGUGCCCAUCUCUGUCAAGGACCUUGGAUGCUGCUCUCGAAGUUUGCGGACUGUCAAGGGAGCAAAUCGACAUAUUUGACGUCUACUCUUGCUUUCCUAUCGUUCCCAAGCUGGCCUGCCACCAUCUAGGGUUACCAAUCGUGGGAGGUUCAAAGCCUGUCACCGUUUUGGGCGGCUUGACAUCCUUCGGUGGAGCUGGAAAUAACUACUCACUGCAUUGCAUCCAUGCUGUCACGGAAGUUGUGCGAUGUCUAAGGAAAGGCAAGGGGACACACGCACUGGUAUUGGCCAAUGGCGGCGUCAGUAUGACAUAUCACCACGCCGUGUGUUUGUCAAAGCGCCCGAGGAAGACGGCGUAUCCUCGAGAAAACCCUCUUCCUCCAGUUCUGGAUCGCGUUGACGUUCCUCAAAUUGAGCCUGCCCCCGUCGGUGAAGCAGCCAUCGAGACAUACACCGUGGACUACAAACGAGACGGUACUCCAUCCGCAGCCUACAUCGUGGGCCUUACCAGCCCGAGCGGGCAUCGAUUCAUUGCUAAUCACGGCAAUGCCCAAACUCUGAACAAGCUUGCAUACGCCACCGAAGAGCAGAUCGGACGGAGGGGUACAGUCCGGCCUGAUCCGCAGCAGGCAGGAAGAAAUCUCUUUGUUUUCACAGAUAGAGCUAGAGUGUAA